AGUGCAGGAAGUUCUACUUGUUUUUGAUGCCACGUUCACGUCGCUCACUACAAUUCAAAUUCAUUUAUUAAUAGAAAGGUUUGACAUCAUGUCGAAGGUGUCUAUGGGUAAAGUGCUGCUCCGAAAUGUCAUCAGACACACAGAUGCCCAUAACAAGAUUCAAGAGGAGUCUGAGAUGUGGAAAUUGAGGGAUCUUGAACGACAAGCCACGUCCACUCAUUUCCCAAAGCACAGGGGCCGCAUGCACUGUGACCGCAAUUUGGACGACUCGGAGGGAUCCAUGCGAGACCGGCUUGGAGACAGGAAAGAUGUGAUGUCCGAAAGAGAUGAGAGGAAGGCACAAUACUGGACGCGAAAACUAUAUGAGUUUGAAGCCAAUGAUCCUGACAGGUGGGGCCACAGUGGCUUUAAGGAGCUUUAUCCUGAGGAAUUUCAUUCUGAUGGAAAAAAAGCCUGCAGCGAUGGUAAACACAGAAGGAAAAAACACAAGAACAAACUACACGAUGAUAUAGAGAAAUCUUCCAAGAAGUCAUCUAAGAAGAAGAAAAAGAAAAAAGAGAAGAAGAGUAGUAGGAGAACUGUGGCCUCGGGCUCUGAGAUCUGCAGCGAUGCGGAGGACACCGCGAGGAGGAAACAGAGGAAGGGAGGUAAAAGCAAGCGUAGGAAAAAGGAGCACAAAGACAGAACAGAAGACAGCAGCACGGAGGACAGCCGUUCAGACAUCAGGACGAGAACGAGCAGGAAGAGAGACUGCCCUGAAAUAGACACACUGGCCGAGCCUCAGCGGAAAAAGCGGAAAAACUGGAAAGUGGCGAACGAGGAGAGAUCAGAGGAGAGCUCUGAUGCUUGACUUUUCAAUCCACCUGGCUGAACAGCUAGGCUUACUGUAGACACAUUUUUGUAAUCGUGCAUCUCAUUCAUAUUUAGGAGACUCUGAUCAUGGGUCUGGAGUCAA